AUGGCUUGGAGACGUUUCGCAAAGCAGCUUAGUCCUUCAAUCUUUCGAGCUCGAACGCAGGUUGAAAGGCGUCCAUCAGAAUUUGGAAUGAUCAAAGAUUUAUCGAGUCGAAAUUAUGAAUCUUGUAAUAAGUUUCAAGGGAGUGGGCUUUUCUUCUCUAGGGAGAGAUCUCAGUUCAGGUUUCUAGGAAACCUGUCCGGACCACCAAGUGAUUCAUCGAACGCCAAGGAAGGCUCUGAUGAUCAAAAUGAUCCUGAAGUCGUGAUUAGAGCGUUUGAAAGUGAUCCAUCUUUGCAUACAAAUCAUUUGGCUUUUACCGUGUAUGUUGAAGCAUUAGUAAAAGUUGACAGGCUGGGAGAAAGUGAAUUUCUCAAGAAUUUGAUAAGAGCUAUUCCUAGUUCAGUGAGAAAGGAAGAAAGUAGUACAGGUGGCCUAGCUGUUCUUAGAAGUGUGAGAGAACCUACAAAAGAUGAAAUUCUUGGAAAUUUCAAAGACCAGCAAUUGCGUACAAUUUGGUUGAUUGCAUUGGCCUUCAUCUUAGUUUGUGGUGUAGGAGCUUUCAUCGCGUAUGAACGAAUUAGUAAAGGACUUGGCAUGUAUGAAGAAGUGCAACCCAAUCUGCUGACAAGUACUAAAUUUAGCGAUGUGAAAGGUGUGGAUGAGGCAAAGGCUGAUCUGGAAGAAAUUGUUGAUUACUUAAGAGAUCCUAAGCGCUUUACUCGUCUUGGUGGUAAACUCCCAAAAGGUGUCUUGCUUGUUGGCCCGCCUGGCACUGGUAAAACAAUGUUGGCAAGAGCUAUUGCUGAAGAUGUAAAGGUUCCUUUCUUCUUGUGCAAUGGAAGUGAAUUUGAAAAGAUGUAUGAUGGUAGUGGUGCACAAAGGGUGAGAGAUCUUUUUACUGCUGCAAAAAAACGCGCCCCUUGUAUAAUCUUUAUUGAUGAGAUUGAUGCUAUUGGUCGAAAACGAAAUCCAAAUGACCAAUUGCACGUGACGAUAAGUCAAUUGCUUGUUGAGCUAGAUGGAUUCAAACAAAAUGAAGGCAUAAUUGUGAUUGGUGCUACUAACUUUGAGGAGUCACUAGAUAAGGCUUUGGUGAGACCUGGGCGAUUUGAUCGCCGUGUUGUUGUUCCCAAUCCAGAUUUCAAAGGACGACAACAGAUUUUGGAAUCUCUGAUGUCAAAGGUUCUGAAGGCGGAUGAUGUUGAUCUGAUGAUCACUGCUCAGUGUACACCAGGGUUAUCUGGUGCUGACCUUGCAAACUUGGUCAAUGUUGCUGCCCUAAGGGCUGCAAAGGUUGGCGCCAAAGCCGUGAGCAUCCAUGAUUUAGAGUUUGCGCGAGAGAAGAUUAUGAUAGGAAGCGAACGCAAAUCAACUGUUAUGUCUAAAAAGUCAAGAAAGCUUUUAGCUUUCCAUGAGAGUGGACAUGCCUUAGUGGCAAAAUAUACUGAUGGUGCGCGUCCGAUUCAAAAGGCAACUAUUGUUCGGCAUGGGAGGUCUCUAGGCAUGGUUUCUCAACUGCCGGACAAAUAUCAAACCAAUUAUUCCCAUAAACAGAUGCUUGCUAGGCUUGAUGUUAGUAUGGGAGGUCGGGUUGCUGAAGAGCUGAUUUUUGGAGAAAGUGAAAUUACUUCUGGUGCAUCCUCAGAUUUUGCAAAGGCAACUUCUUUGGCCAGGGAAAUGGUUACAAAGUAUGGUAUGAGUACUGAAGUCGGUCCGGUCACUCACAAUUACUUUGAUAAUGGGAGAAGUAUGAGCUCAAAAACUAGGCUGCUUAUUGAGAAUGAAGUGAAGAACUUACUGGAUAGAGCUUACAACAAUGCAAAAACUAUCCUAACCACCCAUGAAAAGGAGCUUCAUGCACUUGCAAAUGCUCUUCUGGAGCAUGAGACACUUACAGGAAGUCAGAUAAAUGAUUUACUUGCAAAAGUCAAAUCCCAGCAGCCGGAGCCGCAGUCACGUAACCAAAACUAG